CUGCACCACUGAACUGUUUGACCACAUCGAUAAAACUCAGAUUUAGUUUAACUUGACCCAUUCCCACCACACUGUUUCCAUGUGUUCAGCAGAAGAGGGAAGAAGCUCUUUACGGGGAAAGUCAAUUUGUCCGAUUAAAGCUGCUCGCUUAUCUUUUAACUUUCUACGUGCACAGUUUGUAUCGGAAACUCACAGGGAAAAACUAUCGCACCGCAGAGACGUUCAUGCAUACAUGUGUCUCAGUCCACACAAUCUGACCGGGUUUGAGAAAUAAUGAAGAUGGGGACGGCGUUGAUUUAUGAUGAGGAGAUGACCAAGUACAAACUGCUCUGGGUCGAUCCAGCCUGUAAGAUUGAAGUACCUGAGCGUCUGACAGUGAGCCAUGAGGCUUUGGUUCAGAGUGGCCUUGCUGAUCGCUGUGUCUCCAUACCUGUCCGUGAGGCGACAGAUGCAGACAUUCUGCUGGUUCACAGUGAAGAAUAUCUGGAGGCAGUAAAGAAGACCCCAUACAUGACUCUGGAGGACCUGAAGGAGUUCACCCUCCAAUAUGGUGACGUCUACUUCCACCCAAACAUCUAUCACUGUGCCAAGCUGGCUGCAGGGGCCGCGCUGCAACUGGUGGACAGUGUUAUGACGGGGAAGGUGAGGAAUGGCAUGGCUCUGGUCAGACCACCAGGACACCACAGUAUGCGCAGUGCUGCCAGUGGUUUCUGCGUGUUCAACAAUGUGGCCAUAGCAGCUCGAUAUGCAAAGCAAAAAUAUGGAGUAAAAAGGGUGUUGAUAGUUGACUGGGAUAUACAUCAUGGUCAAGGGGUCCAGUACUCUUUUGAGGAUGAUCCAAGCGUGCUCUACUUCUCUUGGCACCGCUAUGAGCAUCAGAAAUUCUGGCCUCAACUUAGAGAAUCAGACUUUGACAGUGUUGGCAAAAACAAAGGGGUUGGAUUCAAUAUAAAUGUACCAUGGAACAAGGUGGGAAUGCAGAACAGCGACUAUCUUUCAAUCUUCUGUCAUCUCCUUUUGCCGGUUGCAUAUGAGUUUAACCCAGACUUGGUGUUGGUGUGUGCGGGUUUCGACUCAGCCAUUGGUGACCCUGAGGGUGAAAUGUGCGCCACUCCAGACAUCUUUGCCCACCUCACUCACCUUCUGAUGAACCUUGCAGGAGGCAAAUUGUGUGCAGUGCUGGAGGGAGGAUACAACUUGACUUCCCUUGCCCAGUCUGUGUGUCAGACAGUUCAGACGUUGCUUGGAGAUCCUGCACCUCCACCUGCAAACCUUGAUGGUCCCUGUAAAAGUGCCCUUGACUCUCUUCACUGUGUCCGAUCAGCUCAUAGGCAGUACUGGUCCUGCCUCAAACAUGCAGCUGAUCUACCCACCUGUGAAAUCAGCACAAAGCGCAUUAAGGUGGCAGAAGAAGAAGAAGAAGAAGAAAAAACGCUGGAUAAAGGAGAAGAGGGGAACAGCAUAGAGGAAAAGGUGUGGCCAGAGCCUCCAAAACGAGUAACUCCUACUAUUCGUACUGCUGUAGUGCUCCCUGAUGGUGUCACUUGCCCGGAUGGGUGUAAACGCUUCAGUUCAUCAGAGGAUCUCGACCCACUCAUAAUCAGCAAACUCAAGGAGAAUUUCCUUAAAGAUGCAGAUGACAGUGACACUCUCUCAUCCCUCUCCAGUCUUGCUGCCCUUGUAGAGAAAGUGGAGAAGAAUGAGAUCUGCAGUGGCUUGGCACUGGUCCGUGACGUCUCCAUGGCGACGAUGUGUGUUGUCCAGCAUGCUGCUUCUGCACAUCUCAGAAACCGGGUUUUGGUUGUGUGUGUUGGCGAUGGGAAGGUUCCGAGUCACGUCACUGAAGAUGGGAAAAUACUGGUGGUGCAGUUCAGCAACAAGGACUCAGAGGAACAGAAAUGCAAAUAUUACAUUCCUGUGUGUCUGAAGAAGGGCUAUAGUGAUGUGUCGGGGUUCAUGCACGCUGUGUUGGGCCUCCUCCUGCCUUUGGCAUACGAGUACGACCCCACUCUGGUUCUGCUGGUUCGGAUGUCAGAUGCUGGGCUGUGUGAGAUCGUGUGGCAACAACUGACAGGUCUGCUGCAGGGCCUCGCACAAGGACACAUGCUGGUACUCAUGCAGGAUGGUGAGAAGGAAUGUGUCGGCCCCACAGCCUCUUCCCUCCUUGGGUACCCUGCCCCCUCUUUGGGGCAGCUUCCAGCCCCUCUGCCAGAGGAUGUGGCGUCCAUCGAGAGCCUGAGACACAGGCUGAAGGCUGACUGGAAGCUACUGCAGACCACAGCUCAAGAAACUGGAAGAGGUGAUGAGCUCUGAAGCUGAUCUUCCUUUUUGUAAAAAAAUAAAUAAAUCAAAUAAAAUAAUGAAUAAUAAUAAUUAA